CAGUUCCCUGUGGAGGACUGCUGACAUCUCGUAAGGGGACCAUCCUUUCUCCUGGUUACCCAGAGCCCUACGCCAACUAUCUCAACUGUAUCUGGAAGGUCUCUGUGCCAGAGGGAGCAGGCAUCCAAAUCCAGGUCAUAAGUUUCUCCACGGAACACAACUGGGACUCCUUGGACUUUUUUGACGGAGUCGAUGGCGACGCGCCAAGGCUUGGCAGCUAUUCAGGUACGACCAUCCCCCAGCUCCUGAACAGCACCUCCAACAACAUCUACCUGACCUUCCAGUCCGACAUCAGUGUGUCUGCAGCAGGCUUCCACCUGGAGUAUACAGCAAUAGGUUUGGAUUCAUGCCCAGAACCUCAGCCUCCCCUCAACGGUGUCAAUGUGGGCCAGCGCUUCACUGUGGGGGACAUGGUUUCCUUUCAGUGUGAUCAAGGCUACUCUCUGAAGGGUAAUGAAUACAUAACGUGUAUGCCAGGGCCCGUCAGACGAUGGAAUUACCCCGUACCUCUGUGCUUAGCUCAGUGCGGAGGCUCUAUGACAGACUUCAGUGGUGUGAUCCUGAGUCCAGGCUUCCCAGGGAAUUACCUCAGCAGUCUGGACUGUAGCUGGAGUGUACAGCUCCCCGUAGGCUUCGGCAUUCACCUGCAGUUUCUAAACUUCUCUACCGAAGCGGUGCAUGACUAUCUGGAGGUGCUCAGUGGGAGUUUGGAGACGGGUUCUGUGAUUGACAGGUUCAGUGGGUCCGUUGUGCCCGGCUCUCUGUUCAGCACCACACAUGAAACCAGCUUCUUGUUCCACAGUGACUACUCCCAGAACAAACCAGGCUUCCACAUCAUCUACGAGGCCUAUGAGCUCCAGCGCUGCCCUGACCCGAGGCCGUUCCGUAACGGCGUGGUGAUAGGCCGAGACUUCGGGGUGGGCCUGACCAUCUCGUUUGAAUGCCUGCCAGGUUACACCCUGAUAGGAGAGGUCUCACUCACCUGCCUGCAUGGGGUCAGCAGAAACUGGAACUACCCUGUACCAUGCUGUGAGGCCCAGUGUGGUGGUAAUAUAACGUCUCUGAACGGGACCAUCUAUUCUCCCGACCACCCAGCAGAGUACCCUAACUUCCAGGACUGCCUGUGGAGUGUACGGGUUCCCCCAGGGAAUGGCAUCUGCAUCAACUUCACCGUUCUCAACACUGAACCCAUCUACGAUUACAUCACCGUCUGGGCCACAGACCUAGACCACUCUCCCCUGGUUGUUGCUCAUCGCUACAGGGCCACAGACCUAGACCACUCUCCCCUGGUUGUUGCUCAUCGCUACAGGGCCACAGACCUAGACAACUCUCCCCUGGUUGUUGCUCAUCGCUACAGGGCCACAGACCUAGACCACUCUCCCCUGGUUGUUGCUCAUCGCUACAGGGCCACAGACCUAGACCACUCUCCCUGGUUGUUGCUCAUCGCUACAGGGCCACAGACCUAG